UGUCCAAAUUGGGCUUUUUGCGUCGCCGGAGCUCCCGAGUUCAGGCGGACGUCAUCAGCGAGUAAAAGGAAGAGCUGACGUCGAAGAAGAGUCACCGAGAGGAGAGGGCAUCGGUGAGGGAGGGGAGAGGAGAGCUUCAGCAUUAGAAACACUGAGAUUCACAUCCCCCCUGCUCCCCUCCCUCCCUUUUACGUCGGUGUUGGUGCGUUGGGAGCCCCCCUGCUCCGGUGGAGUCCCAGGCUAUAUAAGAGACCGACGAGCAGAGUCCCUCCACCAGAUUUACAGUUUCCAAACUUCUGUGCAAGAGAGAGAGACGGCUGCCUCAGCCGCACAUUCGCCUGCUGCUCUCAGAGAGAGGGACAGACACCCAGCAGCCGGACAGCAUCCGAGCUGGAUGCUGUGGGCGAGUUGAAACAGGCGCUGACAGGAAAAAGAAAACACCAUAGCUGCGAUGAAAGUUCAAUAACACCUCAGAUCUCCUUCCACUCGCACAAAACUGUCUCUUGAAACACCUCAGAGACAGCUGCACUUCAGCCGAGGCACGAAACAACGAAAAGUCUCUCACUUUCGUCUGCAGGAAUUUUUCCUUCCGCAACAACUGACAACAAUGUACCGCUCAACCAAAGGAGCUUCCAAGGCUCGAAGGGACCAGAUCAACGCAGAGAUCCGGAGCCUGAAGGACUUGUUGCCCAUAUCUGAAGCAGAUAAAGCGCGGCUCUCGUACCUGCACAUCAUGUCACUGGCAUGCAUGUACACCAGGAAAUCCGUCUUCUUCACUCAAGAAGCGGGAUCUGCAGCCAGCCUUGAACACAGCGUACAGUUUCUGUCUUUCCACGAAUUGUCGGAGUUGAUGCAGGCUCUCCCGGGUUUUCUGAUGCUGCUCACUGGAGAAGGGAAGCUUCUGUACAUGUCUGACAGCGUCUCCGAACACCUCGGCCACUCAAUGGUGGACCUUGUGGCACAAGGAGACAGUGUGUACGACAUCAUCGACGCCUCCGAUCACCUGAUCAUUAAGACCAACUUGUCGACUUCUUCUUCACUUGAAAUAGAUCGUCUCUUCCGCUGCCGUUUCAACACCUCCAAGUCCGUGCGGAGGCAGAGUGCUGGGAACAAGCUGGUUCUGAUUAGAGCUCGAUGCCUCCUCUCCCCUCCCUCCACCACUCCUGUUGCUGGUUCUUACUGGAACUCCAAUCCAGUAUGGGUGUGUUUUUGCUCCCCUCUGGAGCCCCACCCAACCCGAUCUGGACCUGUGGCAGAAAGGGAGUUGACCUCCACUCCACCUCUGGCUGACAGCAACUUGUUUUUGUCAGGCUUCCAUUCCCAGCAUGGCCGGGACAUGAGAAUAGAGACAGCACAGGACAGUGUGAGCAGCUAUCUGGGCUUUGAUGUGACAGCUUUACGCUCUCGCUCCUGGUACAGCCUCCUCCACCCACAGGAUCUGUCACAUGCCUCUGCUCAACACCGCAGCCUCUUGAGAGAAGGUGGAGAGGGAAGAGCUGAAAUGGUGGUGCGUGUCCAGGCUCAGGAUCAGUCCUGGGUUUGGCUUUAUAUGGUGCUUCAGCUGCAGCCUGGAGAGUUUCCCAUCGGCAGCAACAACUACAUAAUCAGUGAGUCUGAGGCGUGGUCAGUGCGUCAACAGCUCACCUCAGAGCACAAUCAGCUGACCCUGGUUCUGACUGCUGGUACCUCUCAGCAAGAGGGUCUUAGCUUGCAGUCCCCUGAAACUAUGUCCAGCCCAGAUCAGGUCUUCACCCCUGGCAGCAGUGGCUUGUCGGCUCAGUCCUUUGACUUUAGCACUGCUGGCUGCAGUGUAGGCUCCUCUGAUGAACCAGGGAGCUCCACCACAGAAGCCAUGCAGCAGGAGGGGGACCCUCGCUCCAGUAUCUCCUCUUUGGAAGAGGAAACCUUCUUCCAUCAGCAUCCCGCUGAAAGGUCCUCAGCUGCCUCCUCCCCAACCCCCGUCACUGUGGAAACAGUGGCAGACUUAGACUUUUUAACCCAGAACAUUCUUCUCCCACCAUCCUUCCAGCUUGACCCUCCUCUCCCAGCUCUACCCCUGCCUCUGCCUCCUGUCCCCACCACACAAGCUCAGCAGACCAAAGAGUUUGUCUGCACGCCACCAUACACUCCCCUCAUCAGUGGCCCCAGUUUCCCAUUCACUGAACCCCACUUCAGUUUCGACCCCAGUGGCACCACCACACCUCCGCCCUCUGCCACCACAGCCACAGCCACCACUUCUCUGGCUCCAUCAGCUACUUCCUCUUCCCCACAAACCACUGCCUCCAGUCCUGCUCCACCCACCACCCUCUCUACUAAACUUCCUCUGGCUCUGCCCACUUCAUCGACUGAUCUCCUAUUCCCUGUGGAGUCCUGCAGCGGCUCCCUGUAUGAGAAGCUUCCCCCCACUCCUGACAGCCCAGGGGAUGGUGACUGCACAGUCAUGACCCUACCUGAAGUACGGGGUCCACUAUACGUAGAUGUCCCACUGGGACCCCUUCAGUGUCCCCCUGAAGGCCUCCUUACCCCUGAGGCUUCACCAGGCAAACAGCCCUGCCUCUCUUUCUUCUCUAUGGAAAGAGAGAGGGAGAAAGAAAGAGCAGAGAUCUCUCUCUUAGCCCAGCACAUCAGCUCACUGGCAGAGGGAUUCUAUCUGGAUCCACUCUUGUCCAAAUUUUCUCCUCCACCCAUGUCUCCUUCCUCCUCUCCUUCCCACUUCCUGUCUCCAACCAUAGAAACUGCUGGUGUUGACUCAGUCCAAUUAUCGAGGGAGUUUUAUCCCAUCAAAGCAUGGAAAGGCCUGGACAUUCCCAUCUUCCUUGACGAGGACGACUCUCUGUUUGAAGAGGGCAUCCUAGAAACUCUGCUCCAAGAUGACUUGGCUCCUCCUGCUCCGCCUAAAUCUCCCAGUCCUUCCUUCUCCUCCCCUUGCUCCUCUCCAGUGCCAAAUCUCUCCAGCCCGGUCUCUCCCCAGACCCCAGUGUACUGGCACCAACCCUCCCAGUUUGAGAGAGUGGGCCACUUCUGUAGCGUCCAAUCGGCGCAUUGUAACUCCAUGACUGGGUGCAGGGCGACUGUGGCACCUGAGGCUGGGGUGAAAGUGGAAGGGGAGGGGCUUGCGGAGGAAGCUAUGGAGAUUGAGGUGGUGUCAUCUCCUGUGUCCUCCUGCUCCUCCAUCCCAGCUUCCCCUCCCCUCAUACUCACCGCCUCACCCAGCCCUGUCACCACCAUGACCAUCAACUCGCCCUCACCCACCGUGUCUUGCACUCAGUCCCUCCUGGAGGAACUGGCCGUCCUGGAACCCAUGUUUGGGGCAGGUGCCUCUAUCGCCCCUGGUUUAGGGCAACAACCUGAGUUGUAUCAACUCCAAUGUCAUCCAUCGCCACAGUACUUCCAUCAAGAUGGGAGUGGAAGUGUUCCUCCGUUCUAAAAUAAGUCUGUGACUUACUUCAUCAAGUAUGGCAUAUUGUCAUAUUUUGUGGAGCCACUUUUACUGAAAAGUAAAAAAUUAUUAAGUGUAUAAAUAUACAUAAUGUAUAUAUAAAACUUGAGGACUUUAACUCCUACACAUCUCCUGAGAACAAAGAUUGGCUCAAUAUUUUUGUUCAGUCACAGUCUGUAACCUAUUACAAAACUGGUGCGACAUUUACAUGAUGGUGCAACCACAUGGACCCAUGACUAACUCAGUUGUGGGUCCCUGUGUUGUCCUUCAGCUCCUCAUAAGUUUCAGAUGUAAUCAAAUGUCAGAGAAAGCUCUCUGAACUUUAAAGCGCUGUUUAACUUCCAAAUGCGCAUUUGUAUUCACUCGUAGUGAAAAACUGUUGUGAACAACAAAAAAAAUGUUGCAUUUCUUGCUGUUUCAAUAAGGAGAUGAAUUAUAGCACUUUUGCCUGACAUGCUGAACAACGCAAACACAAACCUCAAACGUACUGAAAAACAAAUGUUUACAAACUGAUCAAAAAAAGAAAAGAAAAAAAAGACACAGACUUCUCUCUGUGAAAUAUUCUGUCCAGUCCUCAGAGCUGAAGCUCCGGGAAUGAAGCACUUCUUCUUUAUCAACACUCUCAUAACAAUAUUCUGCUUGAGAUACUUUGAGCUUUGAGUUUGCGCUUGGAACCUUUAACGUUUCAUAUUUAGCUCUCCAUCUAAACUCUAUUGUGUAUUGAUGUGAUGUGCAACAAAACUAACAGAAAAA